GUGAAAGAAAGCUUUAUAAACUUUAAAAGAAAAGAAAAGCAUAAGUCGUUGGAAAAAACACACACGGACAAUCAAAUCUACAGUUUCCAAUAAAAGUUUAGCACUAGCCGUUUUUAAGCAUACAAAAACCAACAAGUAUCUCAACUAACGCAUAACUGCAUUUAUUUAAAAUAUUUACGCCCAUAACGGGAAAACUGAUCUCAGAGCUCAAGGACUGCUGUUAGUUAUAACUACAAACAAAUAUAUAAAAUCUUACUUUUUAAUAGUACAAUAAUCUGCCGCAAUCAUGUAUGGCAUGGUUUUAGAGUCCGUCCAACAUUUCAUUCAAGAGGAGUUCGGUGAAGAAGUUUGGCGUCAAGUAUGCCAAAUAAUCGACUGUCGUCACAAUACAUUCAAGACCCAUCAGAUCUAUCCCGACGGAUUAAUGCCCGAUAUAGCGGCCGCAUUGUCGGCAAUUACGGGCAAGUCUUUCGAUUGGUGUAUGUCAUUUUUUGGCAAUUGCUUCGUGCGGUUUUUCAGCAAUUUCGGCUAUGAUAAGAUGAUACGUGCGACGGGACGUUAUUUUUGUGAUUUUCUACAGUCCAUCGAUAAUAUUCACUUGCAGAUGCGUUUCACCUAUCCGAAAAUGAAAAGUCCUUCCAUGCAGCUCAUUGAGGUGGAUGAUAAUGGCGCCGUAAUGGUUUAUCGUAGUGGUCGCACUGGGUUUUCCAAAUAUUUAAUGGGCCAGUUGACGCAGGUAGGACGUGAGUUUUACAAUUUAAAUGUAAAAUGUUCAGUAAUUGAGAGUCAAAAUGAUAUAAAUGGAGGCAUAGCUGGUCCUAUCAAAUUGAGCCACGAACCGUUAACGGUAAUUGUCAAAUAUCGGUUGGACUUUGACAAUCGCGAAUAUAUGGCAAAGCGUGUGAACGUUGUGGCACAUCCCACGCAACAGAUUUUACCGAAAAUCAAUAUUGAUGUAUUUCUUGAUCUCUUUCCCUUCACGGUGUUACUCAAUCGCAAUAUGGUGAUUACCUCGGCUGGUGAAAAAAUCGUUGAUACUUGGAUACUACAUAAUCAGGGUAAGAAUCCACAAAAUUUUAUGGGUUCGCAUCUUAUGGAUAUAUUCAAGUGUCGCCGUCCAAAAGACAUCAAAAUAACUUGGGAUCAAAUUAUACAAAUGCAUUCAGUACUCUUCGAAUUCGAACUAUUGCGUACGGGUCGCAAUCAGGCAGCCUACGAUGCACUAAUGGAUCACAAUCUCGAAGACGAGGUGAGGGAAGUAUUAAAUAGCAGUGAGGAAAAUCUGUUAAAUGUCGAUCAGAAGGAAGAAAUCGAUCCGCUUACCGGUAGACGAAAGAUUUCCCAUGGAAACAAGGCGAUUUUGUUGAAAGGUCAAAUGUUUCAUCUAAAAGAUAUUGACUCACUAAUUUAUCUCUGCAGUCCGCUCAUUGAAAAUUUAGAUGAAUUGCAUGGAAUUGGUCUAUUCUUAAAUGACUUGAAUCCACAUGGCUUGAGUCGUGAACUGGUAAUGGCUGGCUGGCAGCAUUGCUCUAAAUUGGAAAUUAUGUUCGAAAAGGAGGAGCAACGUUCCGAUGAGUUGGAGAAAUCAUUAGAACUGGCCGAUUCAUGGAAGCGGCAAGGUGAUGAGCUCCUUUACUCAAUGAUACCGCGUACCAUCGCCGAACGUAUGCGUAAUGGUGAGGAGACAAUAUGCCAGUCUUUUGAGGAGGUCUCCGUUAUAUUUAUAGAAGUGAUGAAUAUUUACGCUGGCGAUACGAAUGACAUACGUGAUGCCAUGACCGCAGUGACCACACUGAAUACGGUAUUCUCGGCAUUUGAUGAAGAGAUAACAUCACCCUUGGUGUAUAAAGUGGAGACAGUUGGUAUGGUUUAUAUGGCCGUUUCAGGAGCGCCCGAUAUAAAUCCUCUGCAUGCUCAACAUGCUGGCGAUUUCGCUUUGCGUGUAGUGAAGAAAGUGAAGGCCUUAAAGAUACCGGACCUUGCUAUCAGAUUGGGUAUAAAUUCGGGACCUGUGGUAGCUGGUGUUGUGGGUUUGAAAGUGCCACGGUAUUGUCUCUUUGGUGACACAGUGAACACAGCGUCGCGCAUGGAAAGUAGCAGCGACCCAUAUAAGAUACAAUUAUCGAAUUAUACUGCGAUGAAAUUGCGUGAGGCGGGCUAUAAAAUCGAAUCGCGUGGUUAUGUAAAGGUCAAAGGUAAAGGUGAAAUGGAAACAUUUUGGCUUUCAGACGAGCCGGAUAAAUAGAUGAAGCAUUUAUACGAAUAUGUACAAAAACAACUGUGCUCAUGUGUGUAUGAGAAUGUUAUUA